CCAUGUGAUUUAAGAAUUAAAAGAACAGAGAACCGAAAGAAACAAAAUUUUGAUUGGCUGAUUAUUUAUUUAACAAUGUUUAUUACUGUAUUACUGUUAGUUAUUCUUGUUGUAUUGGUGUGUAAUUAUUAUACGCAAUAUGGAAAAAAUGGGCGGCUUAUCAAUCUUAUACCAGGACCUGCAGGUUAUCCAAUUGUUGGAAAUGUAUUGCAAGUUUUUGGUUCACGAGGCGCCAAAUGGCAUUCACGGCGGAAGAUAUUAACUCCCACAUUUCAUUUCAAUAUAUUACAGCAAUUUGUUGAGAUUUUGAUCGAAGAAGGCAAAAAUAUGACGAAAUUAAUACGAAAAAAUACAGAGGGCACAGUUGUAAAAGAUUUAAAGGCGUUUAUUAGUGAACAUACACUGAAUGCAAUAUGUGUAUAUUAUCGUGCAACAUAUACAAAUACGAUUGCAGAAACUGCCAUGGGCACUUCAUUACAAGAUCUUGGUGAAUUUCAGCAACAGUAUCGAAAAGCGGUUCAUCAAAUGGGUGAACUUCAUGUUUAUAGGUUAGUAAGGCAAUGGCUGUUCUUCGAUUGGAUAUUUGAUUUGACAUCAAAAGGCAGAGAACAAACCAAGGUUUUGAAGAUAUUACAUGGAUUUACUGAACGAAUUAUUGCCGAAAGAAAACUUUAUCAUAGACGUACAAAUGGUAAAUACUUGAAAAACUUCGAUAAUAUAUCAGCCGAAGAUGCAGAAACGAUCGGAACAAAAAAAAAACGACUUGCAAUGUUGGAUUUUUUGAUAGCGGCGUCUAAUGAAGGACUUAUGACUGAUUUAGACAUCAGGGAAGAAGUCGACAAUUUUAUGUUUGCGGGCCAUGAUACUACAGCAAUAUGUAUAACCUUCACUCUGGCACUAUUAGCUGAGCACAGGGACAUUCAGGACCGUGUCAGGAACGAAAUAAAUAUUGCUUUUCAAGAAAAUGGGAAUAAAUUCACUAUGAAAUUAUUGCAACAGCUACCAUAUUUAGAGAGAUGUAUAAAGGAAGCGUUGCGCUUGUAUCCCAGUGUCUUUCUUAUUACACGCAGUUCUGGGAAAGACUUAAAAUUACAAUCAUAUGUAAUUCCUCCUGGAAUAAUGCUGCAUAUUAAUAUUUACGGAGUCCACAGAGAUCCCAAUUUCUGGCCAAAUCCAGAGGUAUUUGAUCCAGAUCGAUUUUUGCCUGAGAAGAUCCAUAAUCGUCAUCCUUACUCAUAUAUACCAUUUAGCGCUGGACCACGUAAUUGUAUCGGCCAACGAUUUGCUAUGUUGGAAAUGAAGGCUAUGAUAGCCUCUCUGAUACACAAUUUUUACUUGGAGCCCGUUGACUAUUUAAAGGAUCUUCGAAUGGAGGUUGGUAUCGUACUUGGCUUUGCUGAUCGAAUUCGUAUAAGAUUUGUUCCUGUCUGUAAUCUUAAUACAAAUCUUUGAAUCAAAUACCGAUUUAAUAAGCGUCAUAGAAGACAAAUGUUAGCAAGGUAAAAAAAUAUGAUACAUUUUAUGUAUAAUCAAUUUUUUUUAUGUAUAAUCAAUAACAUGUAUAAGAUUUGUUGACGCGAACUUCACAGGGCAAUAAUCACGUUACGCGUUCUCUGAAUUGCCAAAAUCCAGAGAUAUUUAAACCAGAUAGAUAUUUGCCCAAGAAAAUCUGUAAUCGUUACUCUUACUUAUAUUUAUCAUUCUAUGUUGGACUACGUAAUUGCAUCGAAAAAUUCGCAAAGCUUAAUAAAAGCAUAUUCGGUCACCUUAUAUAUUACCUAAUCGCGAGCAAGAGAGUUAGAACGCAUUAAAGAGAUGUCAAUCGGAAUUAAAAAAUAAAAUAAACUAUCCGAUCAGAGAUAAUUACAUAUGCGGCGUAUAAUUUAAUUUUGUAAUUUACAUUUAAUAAAUAGUGUUACAUGUAAUAAAAG